GGUUCCGUGAGAGCCGUUUGCCCCACCCCACCUCUUCAACGCUAUCUAUCUCAAUGUUCAAUCCUCAGAGAGAAAAGGGGGCAAAAAUAAUUCAGAGUAACACUGCAAAGAAAAGAUUCUCCUCUCCCCGGCCGGUUCACCGAAGCCGACGCGGCCUCUCGGCGGUUAAAGUCUAGGAAUUUAGGAUUGAUUGAUUUCGUCCUGAUCAACACCCUCCCUCCUUCCUCCCUUCCUACACCUACCUACCAAAACACCCACCCUGCCUCCCCCUGAACCUAUCACUGGGUUUUUUUGGGAAGAUGGGCUGUCUUGGCAAUAGUAAGACUGAAGACCAACGAAAUGAGGAGAAGGCACAGAGGGAAGCCAACAAAAAGAUAGAGAAGCAGCUCCAAAAAGACAAACAGAUAUACCGGGCCACUCACCGGCUACUACUAUUAGGGGCCGGUGAAUCCGGGAAAAGCACGAUAGUCAAACAGAUGCGAAUAUUGCACGUCAAUGGCUUCAACGCAGAGGAGAAAAAACAGAAAAUCCAUGAUAUUAAAAACAACAUUAAAGAAGCUAUAGAGACGAUUGUGGCUGCCAUGGUUACACUCACACCGCCAUGCAAGUUAGCCUGUCCUGCAAACCAAUCCCGAAUCGAGUAUGUCAUGCACCAAGUAAACAGGAAGGAUUUUGAGUUUCUUUCAGAGUUUUAUGACCAUGCAAAGUUCCUCUGGCAGGACGAUGGUGUGCGGUCCUGCUGGGAAAGGUCUAACGAAUAUCAACUCAUCGACUGCGCACAGUACUUCUUAGACCGGAUGGAUGUGGUCAGGCAGAACGACUACACACCCACUGACCAGGACCUGUUGAGAUGCAGAGUGUUGACAUCUGGGAUCUUCGAGACACGAUUUCAAAUAGACAAAGUCAAUUUCCAUAUGUUCGAUGUUGGAGGUCAGAGGGAUGAACGUCGAAAAUGGAUCCAGUGUUUUAACGAUGUGACAGCCAUCAUCUUUGUGGUGGCGAGUAGCAGCUACAACAUGGUGAUCAGAGAAGACAAUCAGACCAACAGACUACAGGAAGCCCUCAACCUCUUCAAAAACAUCUGGAACAACAGGUGGCUACGGACCAUUUCGGUAAUCCUCUUCCUGAACAAACAGGACCUGCUCGCUGAGAAGGUUCUGGCAGGGAAAUCUAAAAUUGAGGAGUAUUUUCCGGAGUUCGCACGCUAUACUACGCCUGAUGAUGCAAUACCAGAACCAGGGGAGGAUCCCCGUGUCACAAGGGCGAAGUACUUCAUUCGGGAUGAGUUUCUGAGGAUCAGCACAGCCAGCGGGGAUGGACGGCAUUACUGUUACCCCCACUUCACCUGCGCAGUCGACACAGAAAACAUCCGCCGCGUCUUCAAUGACUGUCGCGACAUCAUUCAGAGGAUGCACCUACGGCAGUACGAGCUCUUGUGAUGGGCAGCGGUGUCCGGCCUACGUAUCUACCUACCAACCUACCUAUCUAUCCCCCCUCCCCCACGACCAGUUAGCCAAUCACCGAACCCCCUCCACUUCACCCAACUUCACCAAACAGCAGAGCCCUUUCCUCCAUCCUGAUACCUCUGCAGGUGACUUCAGAAAACAGAACUGUGGAAGACUUUUCUUUUAAAAAAGGAGUUAAGGAAAACAUUUUCAUCAACUAUUAGCCAGGAAUUGACUGCUGUAACACUUUGACCCAGGAAGAGGGUCCAGGCUGCAAUCCCUCAGUGCAGGCUAUCCCUCCUUUAGCUCUCUCUCAGAUAUAAACACACACUGGCAGGUACACACACACUACAGCAUUCAGAGCCCUUAAAUAGCUUUUAAUGUCUAAAAUCACACACACAGAGAGCCUUUUAAAACUGUGUCCUCCUGCACUACAGUCGGCAGAGGCUGAGUUGAAUAACGCAUUCUGAGAGAGAGAGAAGUUUAUUCACCGUCUGCUGAAGGAGGGGAAGAGGAGAACAAUGGACAUGGAGGAUGGAGAACUGAUACAGAGGAGGGCUGUGAGCCUUUUUUGUUGCCCGAACAGAUGGACUAAUUGACUAACGCCUGCCUGUGGACGUGAGCGUGACUCAAACAUAAGACCACGCGGCUCACAUGACCCACUCUUCAAGACACCAAUCGAAGAGAAAAUAUCAAAAAAAUGGAGGAGGAAAAAAAAGAAAAUAAAUACCAUACAAUGCAUACCAGUGAACUUCAUGCAGUGCAAAAAAUCCAAGCUAUAUAUAUAGAUAUUUAUAUAUGUGUGUAUAUAAAUAUGUAUAUAUAUAUAUAUAAAUAUAAAUAUUAUAUAUUCCUGUAAUAACACAAAUCAACUUUUACGUUUUUGUUAGUUUUUACCCCAUGUUGUGUGUUGGUGUACACUGUGUGUGUGAUCUGCCUUUGUGCACCAUUUAAACCCCCCUACACACACACACACACACACACACACACACACACACACACACACACACACACACAAAAACAAAUACAUUCUCGCCCCCCCCCCCGCCCCUGCUGCUAUUUGAUAAGUACUCAACAUAUGGAAAAUAAAAGAGAGGUUUUAUAUAAUAAGGAAAAACACAUCGAAAAGGAAAGCAUGAAUAUAAAGACUUAUCAAAACUGGAUGCAACAAUUUACCUGGGAACAUACACACUAAUACACACACACACACAUACUCACACACACACAUACACGCUUCAGCCCUCAUCAGUCCCCCCUCCCCUUCGACACGACACUCCUCUCUCCCCCCCUCUAAACCCCUCGUCUUAUUCUCUCACCCCCUCCCUCCUUGUCUCACCUGGCUUUAAGUACGUCUGUCUUUAUUUUACUGCUGGACUAUUAUUCUUGUACAGACUGUAAAAUGUAUUAUUUUGUACAACUUUAUUGAAGAAAAAAAAAUACUUGUAGAAGAUCCCUGUGCCUUGAUCACGACUGUACGUGUAAAAAUGAGCUAAUAUGUAAGUUAUGUUUCACUGCGCUGUACAGCUGGACGGGGCUGUCCCACCUCGUCCGUGCUGGCUCGCUCCCCCCCCCCCACCCCCCACUGCAGGGCGGGGGGAGGGGCAAUCGGGUCGGGGCGGAGGCCUUUCGUCUGUUGCUUAGUUUCCUUCCCCCCCCACAUUUGUUUGUCCGUUAAUUCAUUUGUUUUGCUUUGACUCUCCUCUGGUUUAUAUAAUAUGAUUUGAAAAAAGAAAUGAAGAAAAAAAAAAAGAUUAUCAGACACACCACCUUUAAUGCUGUGUAGUGGAAGAUACUGAACCCUAACACAAUUUAAUAUAUAUAUAUAUAUAAAAUAUAUUUCAGAUUUUAUAUUUUAUAUAUAUGUGCUGUACACUUAUAUCUAUCUCCCUUGUGAGUUGUCCACCAGAUUUCCUUUCUGUCAGUAACAUCUGCAAACAUUCUCGGACAGGUGGCGAUCCUGGGUGCAAUGGGAUGGGUAUUCAUUUGUUUUUGUCUUUUUAUUUUAGCUUUAACUCUUUUGAAGAAGAGGCAAAUAUCCAGUUGCAAAACAUUGCUUGUUUCUACAUAAACCAAAUUCUUUUUGCUUAAACAAGAAGAAACGGUUGUAUUAGUGUUUGGUUCAUUCUAAGGCUGAGUGUACUCGAUCCUCUACAUCUGCAUCACAUGCACUUAGCUGCCCGUUUGUUAGGUUCACUUGUCCUAAAGUGCAGUCUAAUGCAGCAGGCCUGCAGUGAAUCUUCCCUCAUGUAGAUUUUAAUGUUCUGUGAGAGGUCUUCUUAUUUCUGCCUCAGUGAAGGGUGACUUAAUAUUAGACACGCCUCUUCGUGAAACAGGAUAAACAAUUGAUAAUAAUAAAACUUGUUUAUAUUGCGAAA